AUGGCUGCUGCAGAUCAGAGCAUGAGCCUCAUGGAUGGCACGUACUUUGUCGGUCGCAAGGAGAUUCUAGACUGGAUUAAUAAUCUCUGUGGUGUGACACUUUCUAAGGUCGAACAAACGUGUACAGGUGCCAUUGCGUGUCAAAUUCUUGAUGCCAUGUAUCCAGGUAAAGUCCAGAUGAGUAAAGUUGAUUGGUCCGCUAAUAAGGAUUAUGAAUACAUACAAAACUAUAAGGUACUUCAAAAGGCCUUUGUACAGCUCAAGAUUGAUAAACACGUUGAAGUUGAUCGUCUCGUACGUGGCAAGUAUCAAGAUAAUUUGGAGUUCAUGCAAUGGUUUAAAGCUUUCUUUGAACGCAAUGCCUCUGGUCAACCGUAUGAUCCACUAGCUCAGCGUGAUAAAGGAAAAGGUGGGGGUCAGUAUACACAAAAGUAUGGAGGAGGUGUAGCUUCGUCAACGGCUCCAUUACGUCGAAAAGUUGGCGCAAGUACGACAACGUCGAGAGUUGGUAAAUUGCCGUCGGGGACUUUGACGAACGUCGGGGCGACACGAAACGCCAAGAUGUCGAUGGGGAUGGCACGUCAUCCUGGUGAUAGCGUCACGGACACGGAUGCUGCCGUUGCUGCAGCAACAGCACCUUUGGAGAAAGAGCUGGAGGAGCUCAUGGCCAAGAAUGAAGCUUUAACGAACGAAAGCGGAGACCUGCGAACGAUGGUUGAAAGCUUGGAGAAGGAGCGUGAUUUUUACUUCAACAAACUGCGCGAGGUUGAGAUUAUGCUGCAGUCGGCCGAAGAUAGUGAUACAAAUCCAUUGGCUCAGGCUGUUUUCAAGAUCCUGUACGCUACAGAGGAAGACGGGGUGGGAGAUGAACAGGUUGUGGAAGACGAACAGGUUGCGGGAGAACCGCAGGACGAGCAGAUGUAA